CAGUCUCCAAGCGUCGAUUCCUUCGCUAUGCAAAAUCUCCACCACAGCAGUUCAUCCUUUCAAAAAACAAAACAAAAACCACAGCAGUUCAUCUCUUCCACUUCUGUCGCGAUGCCCUUCCGAUUCUCCCCCAGGAUUUGAGAGUUAUUACUACAUCAUAUUUCUGCUGGUCUUGGUCACUGCUGACGUGGAGGGUGAAACGAAUGGGUUCAUCUCAGCCGUCGGUGAUCCGGGGAUGAAAAGGGAUGGGCUGAGAGUGGCGAUCGAGGCAUGGAAUCAGUGCAAUGAGGCUGGAGAGCAGGUCAACGGCUCGGUAAGCCCCAGAGCUGCCGAUUGCUUUGAUGUGCAUAGGAAUCCUUCUUGUUCUUCUCAUUCUCAUCAAGAAAUGAAAAACUGUUCUCUUUACAAUUUGAAGCACAAAGUGAAAGAACGUGAUAAUAUGCUAGGAAUUGGGCAAGCUCUUCCCCAGUUGGAUCCCAAAGAUCUGUACAACCCAGACAUUUAUGCUUAUCAGAAAGAGAUCUACUUGGGCUCAAAGUGUGAAGUGAAAGAAAAUGAUGCAAAACCAUGGCAGUUCUGGAUGAUCAUGCUCAAGAAUGGCAACUUGGACACCACCACCGGUCCCACAGCAAAGUGUCCCAAAAAUGGCAUAAAAGUACCUCCAUUUAGAGAGCCUAAAUUCUCUUGCUUUGGAGAAGGGUGCAUGAAUCAGCCCCGGAUUAACCACAGUUACACAGAUCUCUCACCAGGGCCUAAUAGUUCCCUCAUGGGCAGCUUUUACGGUACCUGGGAUUUGAGUUCCUCUGUGGGAGGGGUAAAAGGGAAUAACGCCUCGUUCUUUUCCGUAAUGUGGCGGAAAGAUGUCGGAAAGGGAAGUUGGACUUUCUAUAAUAUUUUGAGGACCUCGCAAAACUUUCAAUGGCUCAUGCUUUAUCUAAGGGCCGACGCCACCGCUGGAUUCUCGGGCGGGUACCACUAUCCCACUCGGGGCAUGUUAAAGAUUAUUCCACAAUCGCCAAAUUUCAACGUGACAUUCAGCCUGGCCGUUUACCACGGAGGAGGUAGUAAAAGCCAAUUCUACUUGCUGGACAUUGGGAGCUGUUGGAAGAACAACGGGAUGCCAUGUGACGGGGAUGUGACAACGGAUGUAACGAGGUAUAGCGAAAUGAUCCUCAACCCCGCCACGAAAUCGUGGUGUGAUCGGAAUACAUUCUUAGGCUGUCCUUUGUAUCACACCUUCCCUAAUGGAACAACAGUUUACCGCAAUGACACUGCCAAUUUUCCGUAUGGUGCAUACCACUACUACUGUGCACCCGGGAAUGCAGAGGGUAUUGACGACAAAGCCAAAUGUGACCCCUACAGCAAUCCCCAGCCUCAGGAGAUUGUGCAACUUUUGCCCCAUCCUGUUUGGGGUGAAUAUGGGUACCCUACCAAGCAAGGUGAGGGAUGGAUUGGAGAUCCAAGAACAUGGAACCUUGAUGUUGGCCGAUUGUCACAUAACCUCUAUUUUUACCAGGAUCCAGGUGCGGUCAAUGUUACUAGGAACUGGACAUCAAUUGAUUUGGGAACUGAAAUAUUUAAUGACCCUUACCAAGUGGCCGAAUGGAGUGUUAGUGACUUUAAUGUUCUUGUUCCUAGACAAACCUAGGGGAAAACAAUCAAAACCCCUCCACAGGGAAACGAGAUACAUCAUAUUCUCUUUUGACUUUUGCUGAUUUUUUUUGAGAAAUUUUAUUCGUACACAAAAUUUGUAUACGCACACAUGCAUUUGUGUAUAAUUGUUUGUAUGCAUAGAUAAUGUGUACCCCUUAGUUGUAUGUGUACGCAAGUAACUCGUGCAACAUUGUUUGUGUAUACAGACAAUUACGAACAAAUGUGUGUGAAAUAUGUACAAAUUUCGUGCACACCAAAAAUUGUUUAUUUUAAAUUCUGUAUUUUGGUUCCAAGAAAACCUUGUUUUUCAUUUGAGGAUGCACAUAUAUAUAUGUAUCCAUAAUUCCUUCGGAACUCUGUGUCCU